CCGGGGAGCCGCGUCUGGACGAGGCCGUGGGUCAGUGGCUCCGCUGGGACCAGAAUCCCUGGACCCGGGCUAAAGUGGAGGCUCUGGUAAUGGCAGGCAAGCUGGAUGAGCUGAAAUCCAGGCUUUGCUCCAGGAUGAGCUUCGGUACAUCGGGGCUUCGGGCACGCAUGGGAGCAGGAUUCUCUCGCAUCAAUGACCUCACGGUCAUCCAGUCCACACAGGGUUUGUACUCAUACCUGUGCACGUGUUUGGCAGACGUUUGCAGCAGGGGCGUGGUGAUCGGCUUCGACACCCGAGGUCACGAAGACAGCGGCUGCAGCAGUGAGCGCCUGGCCAAGCUGACAGCCGCCGUGAUGCUGAGCAGAGACGUUGUUGUUCACCUCUUCUCCACAUUUGUCCCCACGCCAUAUGUGCCGUAUGCAGUGAAGAAACUGGGUGCGGCGGCCGGGGUGAUGAUCACCGCCUCUCAUAACCCCAAAGAGGACAACGGCUACAAGGUGUACUGGGAAAAUGGUGCUCAGAUCUUCUCUCCCCAUGAUAAGGAGAUCUUGCGCCACAUCCAGGAGCACCUUGAACCGUGGAGCUCCUCCUGCUGGGAUGAAGAUCUGGUUCAGCGUUCCUGUUUGAGGACCGACCCUCUGCAGAAGAUCAACAGCUGCUACAUGGAGGAGCUGACCUCCCUCUGCUUCCACAGGGAUCUGAACAGCAGCUGCAAACUAAAGAUUGUCCACUCGGCAUUCCAUGGUGUCGGCCAUGUAUUUGUGCAGCAGGCCUUCCAAAUCUUUGGCUUUGCUCCACCCAUCCCUGUCCCCGAGCAGAAAGAUCCGGAUCCCAACUUCUCGUCUGUCCGAUGUCCAAACCCGGAGGAGGGCGAAUCCGUCCUGGAACUUUCUUUUCUUCUUGCAGAGCGAGAAGGUGCCAUCAUCAUUGUGGCAACAGAUCCUGAUGCAGAUCGGCUGGCUGUAGCAGAGCAUCGCUCUGACGGGUGCGGCUGGAAGGUGUUCACGGGUAACGAGAUUGCAGCACUGCUGGGAUGGUGGAUGUUCUUUAACUGGAAGGAGACUCAUCCUAACCCUGCAGACCUACAGAAGGUCCACAUGUUGAGCACCACCGUGUCCUCCAAGAUCCUUCAGACCUUUGCUCGCAUUGAGGGUUUCCAUUUUGAGGAAACCCUUCCUGGCUUCAAGUGGAUUGGAAACAGAAUGCACGAGUUGACCAGUGCAGGACAACAGGUCCUCUUUGCUUUUGAGGAGUCCAUCGGCUUCCUGUGUGGCAGCAUGAUGCCCGAGAAGGAUGGAGUGAGUUCUGCGGCAGUGGUUGCUGAGAUGGCCUCCUACCUCCACAGCAAGAAUCUGACCUUGAACCAGCAGCUCCACAACAUCUACCAGAUAUACGGAUAUCAUGUUUCCAAGACUUCCUAUGUCAUCUGCAAUGACCCCCUCACCACCCGCAAAGUCUUCAGUCGCCUGCGGAACUUUGAUGGUCAUGGUUCCUACCCAAAAACAUGUGGAGGAUACAAGAUCGUCCAUGUGAGAGAUGUGACCACUGGAUACGACAGCAGCCAAGCUGACCGAAGAUCUGUGCUUCCUGUGACGAGGAGCAGUCACAUGAUUACCUUCACCCUGGAAAACGGCGUGGUGGCCACGCUGAGGAACAGCGGCACUGAACCCAAGAUCAAAUACUACACCGAGCUGUGUGCGGCGCCGGGGAAGAGUGAUGUCUGCAGUCUACAGGAGGAGCUGAUGAAGGUCACCACAUCUCUAGUGGAUGACUUCCUGGAGCCCGAACAGAACAACUUGCUUCGCCGUGUCACUUAGCAUCCAGAGGAUGGUACUGUCCCGUCAGCCCAGACUAAGUCCACAUCUUGGUUCUGUGGUUCUUCCUGUUCCCAGCUUCAGUCUGUCGUGUGGAUUCAUUGUCUUAAUUUAAAACUAUUGUUGUGUUUAAUGAAGCA